AUGCUCCGAUCAGCGGUCAUUACGCGCUCCCAGGAGAUCAAGCGAGCUGUCGGACGCCAGUUUGCGUCCGCCGCGGCAGCAGCUGCUGAAAGCGCGGGGAAGAGCAAGGUGAAGGCGAAGUCGACGGGAGGAAGCAGCGGCGGGAAGAAGAAGGCUUUAGAAGACCAAGGGAAGGCGGCCUCCAUUGUGGAGGCGGCGCUUCGCCAUGCUCGAGUAGAGCUGCCAAAUGUGGAUGAGGCUACUCAGGAGGAGGAGAGGCGGAUGGCGAAGGAGUACUCGAGGUUGAUGAUGCAGAAGCACCACCAGCAGAGAGGGGCCGAGUCUGCCAGGCUCAAGCUCAAGCUGGCAGCCAUCCAAGCCCUACCUGCUGGCAAGCUUAGGGAUGCUGCCAUGCUUCCAGAUUUCACCCCCUUCCCGUCCAAUCGGAUUGCACCAUCUCUCACGCCUCCAAUUAAGGAGCUGCAAGAGGAAAGAGCAAGGACUAGCGACCAACAGGCCCGCUCUCUUGCUCCUCGCCGCCAUCUUGUCCCGCUAGCCGUCAUCUUGCCCCACUCGCCGUCUUGUGCGUCGCUCAUCGUUGCUACCGCGUCGCCCGUCAGCACAUUCGCCUCGUCCAUCGCCAUACCUCCUCUCCCCCUCUCCCACGCCGCCCCAGCGGUAGGUAGCCCUCAGAAGCGCUCACGCCGCCUCGACUCUCUUCCCCCAUGCUCCUCUUGCAGUGCUCGUCCUUGUUACGUCAACGUGUCGGCCGUGCCGCGGCGAUGGAUGGGAAUUGGACCACGCAACGUCGCACCCGCCGGAGCGACCGUUCAUGUGCGUGCACGACUCGCACGUGGCGGCGCGCAGCAGAGAGCACACGCGCCGGCAACUGGCGUCGUACCGCACAGGGUGGGUGGGGUGAGGCGUGGGCAGGCGCCGGUUGAAUGGGAGUCAAGGGGGGUGAAGGGUCAGGUGGAAGAGAGAUGGGAAGGGAUGAGAGAGCACGGGCGACGAAUGGCGUCGAGUGAAGCCCCUCGUCUUUUUGUUCUGACGUCCCUUCCUCUCCGCACCUCCCAGGUGUCGUCAGUGGAGCAGGACCUUCCCGACGACCCCCUGCGGGCGAAAUACAUCCAAGGCACGCUCGUGCCCGACGCGCUCAGUUACCUGAGUCGGCUGCUGUCCGUGCGCGUGCUGCCGCCCGACCCGCUGCUGCUGCCCGUGACGUGCGCCGCGUUCACCGCGCUCUCCAACGGCUCCUCCGCCUGCACGCAACUCGCGCCCAUUUGCGACGCCGAGGUGGACAUCGACGUGGACCCAUCCCUGCUGGCGGCGCAUUCGCUCUGCCAAUCAGAGGACCCCGCCACGUGUGGGGAGGUGGCAGCUGGGACAGGCACACCUGGUGCUGACAUUAUCCUGUUCCUCUCAGCCAAGCAAACGGCGACGUGCGGCAGCACGACAGCGGCGGCCCACGCGUCGCACUGCGCGGUGGACCCCGCGUCGAACCGCCCUCUCGCCGCGUCGCUCAACCUCUGCCCGCUGGCUUGGCGCGCCGUGGGGCAGCACUCGCCGUCGUACGACUCGCAGGUGCACGCGGUGCUGCACCAGUUAACGCACGCGCUCGCCUUCAGCUCCGCGCUCUUCCCGCUCUUCAAGGACGUGCGAGGCCAGCCGUAUGCGCAGGUGGUGGCGACGGCGCGGCAGGCGGACGGCAGCAACGUGUCGAAGAUCGUCACGCCCGCCGUGGUCGCCGCGGCGCAGCGCCACUUCGACUGCCCCGCGCUCGACGGCGCUGAGCUGCACUCCGCCCCGCCCUCCGCCUCCGCGCCCGCCUCCUCCCCCGCGUCCGCGCCUCCUGCGGAAGCGAACAGCACGGAGUGGGGGUCGCUGGUGACCGCGGCGCAGCCGGAGGAAGCGCUGACGGGCGGAGUGGCGCUGGACGGGGGUGGGGGCGGCGAGGGCGGGGAGGUGGUGAGCAGCCAUUGGAGCGUGCUGCGCUUCGAGCACGAAUACAUGACGCCCCUACUGGACGGGGUGCCGGUGGUAUCGGAGCUGACGCUAGCGCUCUUCCAGGACAGCGGGUGGUACGCUGUCACGCCAGGCAUGGCGGGCAUGCUGCGCGCCGGCUACCACCGCGGCUGCUCUGCUGCCACCGCCACCCUCUCCUGCCCGCCCUCCGCCUCCGCCUCCGCCUCCGCCUCCGCCUCCGCCUCCGCCACCACCCCCCCCGGGUUCUGCUCCGCGGCGGACCUCAACCGCUCCGCCACCUUCUCCGCCGGGGGGGACGUGCGCCGCGUGCCCAUGCCACUGACGUGCUCGUCCGACUUCCUCUCCGUCGCCACCUGUGACUCGGGCUGCGGCCCCUCCUCCUCCUCAUCCCCUGCGACCUGCCUCUUCGGCACGUGCAAGCACAAAACCAGUGUGGAGUCACAGCGCUGCCAGGCGCCGCGUGGAGCAGAGGAGAGCCGGUCAGCGGAGGUGCAGCAGCUGGGGAUGGCGUACGGCCCCUCGUCCCGCUGCUUCCUGCACGGCGCGCAGUUCUUCGACUAUGCCUUUGGUGCUGGUGCCGUGCCUCCCCCCGGCGCCGGCUGCUACCCCAUGCGCUGCGUCCCCUCCGCCUCCUCCUCUCAUGACUCCCGCUCCUCCCGCUCCGCUAACUCUGCUGAUGCCCCCCCCACUGCUCCCGCCCUGGAGCCCGCGGCUGGCGGCAACGGCAACGGCAGUGCUGCCCUCGCCCCCAAGGCGCAGGGCGGCAGCGCGCUCUCGUUGCCCGCCUCUUCCUCCACCCCCAAGCGCCAGCUGCGGGGCAAGGGCAAGGGGAAGGGCAAAAAGGGGGGGCGGGGGAAGAGGGGGGGCGGGAUGGUGGUGGAGGUGCGGGUGGGAGCGCAGUGGUAUGCGUGCCCCUCAGGGCGCAUGGUGGCGCUGGACCAGGGCGGGGGGGACUUCCACGGGGGGUCCAUCGGCCCCUGCCCUGACAACCGCCGCAUGUGCCUCACCGCCUCCUGCCCCAACGACUGCUCGGGGAAAGGCAUCUGCUACAACAGCACAUGCUACUGCCUGCCCGGCUAUGCUGCCGCUGACUGCUCCCAGGUGGCGUGUUCACCGCUCGCCCUCACACCCGCCUCCACCUGCCGCGCGCCUGCCUCCUGCGACCACGCCUCGGGUCUCUGCCUCCUGCCCUCCGGCCGCCCCUCGCCCCUCCCCCUCGCCGCCGCGCCUCCCUACACUCCCCCCCCGCCCCCCUCCCCGCCUGCUCCACCUAUCUUCCCCCCGCCCGGCGCCCCGCCCGCCCCUGGAAGCACCACCGCCAACAGCAGCACUGCCAGCAACAGCAGCGGCAGCAGCAACAGCAGCAUGGGGGGCGAGGCGCCGCAGCACGGGGUGCUGGUGCGCAGCGUGGUGGUGCUGGGCGGCGCCAACAUCAGCGCCAUCCGUGAUGGCGCGCGGCUGCAGGAGUUCCAGGCGCAGUUCCAAGCGCAGAUGAGCGCAGCGGCGCGCGCGACGGGGUACGAGGGGCAGGUGGAGGUGGCGAUCGAAGCCAUCUAUGCCGGCAGCAUCCUCGUGCAGUCCACUGUCAACUUCUUCCAGGCCACCUCCUUCAACAUGCCGGGCGUGCUGCUCCACAACCUCAUCACGUCCCCCGCGCUGAUAUUCGCGGCGUCGUCCUACUUCCUGGCUUUGCCCUCGGGGCGCAUCUCGUCCUUCAACUGCUCCAUGGCCGCCGCGCCCGCCUCCAACAGCGCGCCCCAGGGCGCCGAGGGGCCGCCGCUGGGCAUCUCGUACGGCGCGUGGGCCGCCAUGGCUGCUGCUAUCCUCGUGGCUGGCGUCGCCAUCUGCACCGUGCUCAGCCGCAGGGCAUCAAGAAGGCGACGCGAGGCGCUACUCUACGCACAUGGGUACGACGCGACAGGAGCGCCGUGGUACAUGGAGGGGGAGGAGUACGAGGACGACAUGGAGGCGGACCUCGACCUCGAUCUCGACCCCCUUGAAGCCUACGCGCAGCUGGUGGCGGAGGCACAGCAGCACCAGGGGGGCGACAUGGGGGGAAUGGGCGGCAUGGGGGGGAUGGGCGGGAUGGGGGAGGAGGGCAUGCAGGGGGCCAUGGCACAGCUCUCAUCCCUGCCCUCAUCGCUGCAUGCAGCAGCCUUCAUGGCCGCAGCAGCAGGGGGCGGCGCAGCACCCCCACCAGGCCCCACCCCCCCUCUCCUCCCCGCCAGUGAGCGCCUCCCUUCGCCCUCGCGCCCUCUCUUCGCCCUCCCGUCCUUCUCAUCGCGCCGCCACCCCUCCGCCUUCAAGCCCUCGCAUGCCAUCUCGGGCCCCAUCCUCUUCCACGCCCCCACCACCACCACCACCACCUUUACCAGCGCUGCCGCCAUGCCCCGCCCCCCUUCUGGCCCGCUCCUCCCCCCUUCUGCUGCCGCCCGGGAGGCAGCCAGGCUGGGGGACGGCGGUAAGGGGGACGACGAUGCGGAGGGGCGGGAGGAGUGUGAGGGGAAAGGCAGGGGCGGAGGCGUGGAGUCAGGGGAAGGGGAGGGGGAGGAGGCGUGGGCGCGGUCGGCGUUGAGGCGCCUGGUGCGGUCGGUGUCGGGCCCGCUGGCUGUCAUAUGGGCGUCCGACCCGCGCCCCCCCGCGCCCGCCACGCCGCUCCACCCCCACCCCUACCACCCGCACCGCCUCUCUGGCCGCCUGCGCAUGGGCGGCGCGUCCGGGCGGCUGUCUGGGCGGCUGUCCGGGCGGCUGGUGUCCGGGCGGCCAGUGGGCGGGCCGAGGCGGUCGGGGGAGUUGAGGCGGUCAGGGGAGCUGGCAGAGGGGGCGGGCGCGCGGGCAGGGGCCAGGCGGUUCCCCUCAGGCGAGCUGGGCGCGGGGGUGGGCGCGGGGGGGAGGCAGAGGGGGAUGUCAGGGCCUAUCGAUGCCAUGGGGCGGCCGGCAGGGGCGGAGUUCAUGGGUGUGGGCGCGGGCGUGGGCAGGCAUGCUGGGGGUCUGGGCGGGGGUACAUUGCCCCUGUCCCUCGCCGCAGGCAGCUACGCUGGCAGCUAUGGCGGAAGCUACGGGGGAAGCUAUGGGGGGAGUCAUGGGGGGAGUCAUGGGGGCAGCAACGCGGGCAGCCAGCCCGGCACACAGCCGCAGUCACCGUCCAACCGAGGGGGGGCAGGGAGGCGAGCAGGGGGCGAGCAGGAGGCGGAGGGCAGUGCGGCAGUGGGCUCGCUGAGUGGGAUAGAGCCGUCACUGCUGCACCAGAUGCACCUGCACGGCAUGCACCUCCCCCACCACCUGCCCAUCCACGCGUCCGCGUCGCAGCCGUCCAUGGCCGCCCAUGGGCAUGCCUCACCACAGCCGAGCGCACAGCCCACACAGGGUACAGCAGCGGCAGCGGCGGCAGCGGGGUGGGGGGAGGGCGGGGCAGGGCGCAUGGUGCGGGUGAGCUCUGCGGACUUCCCUGGUGCUGCUGCCGCUGCAGGGGGCCAAGGGGGUCUGGCACGGGCGAGCAGUGGGGGCCUGCCGGGCACGGGGGGCUCCACGCCCACGUUGAGGCGCGGCCUCUCUGUGUCGCCCUCCCACCGCGCUGCUCUCGUUGCCGCCCUCGCUGCUGCUGCAGGUCAGCCCACUUCCCUGCCCCGCCCUCUCUGUCCUUGCAUCAGCCUCGUGCUUUAUCUCCCCCAGCUGCUGAAGUGCAUGACUCUUCAUCCUCACCUCACCUUCCCCUCAUACCCUCACUCCAUGGCACUCAAAUGCUGCUUUGUCCGCACCACACCCUCCCCCUUUCCCUCCUCCCCCAUCCCACCAGACCCACAGUACCCUGUGGAGGACAGCGGUGCUGACUACGCCCCCACGCCCUCCAUGCUGCGCUCCCGGAGCUUCCGUGUGGGCCGCUCGGGCCACCUCACUGCCUCUGGUCAGCUCAACCCUUCUGGGCAGCUCAGAGCUUCCGGGCAGCUGAGAACGUCCGGGCAGCUGAGGCGGCUGGCGUCAGGGCAGUUACAGGUGCCUGAGCACCUGAACCUGAACAGCACCACCACUGCCUACCCCACCGGCAACACCAAUGGCGGCACCAACCCCAGUGGCAGCGGCGCAUGGUCGUACUCAGCCAUGGGCCCGCCUGCCCAUGCUGCCCCCUCUGGCUCCACCGACACCACUGCUGCUGCGGGAGCAGGGGGAGGCGAGCAUCAUGUGCGCAUGUCGGGGCAGUUGGUAGGUGGGGGACAGGGGGCUGCCGAGGGAGGCGGUUCGGGCAUCGCAGGGUCGGGUAUUAGUUCGGGGAUAGGUUCGGGGAUUGCAGGGUCGGGCAUGCUGUCGGCAUCGGGGUCGGCAUGGGGGCAGAUGCCGCACUUUGCUCAGCUGAACCGGUCGGGGCAGCUGAGAAUACUCAAGCAGCUGGGCACCCAUGGUGCAGGCACACCUCCCAUGGCCAUGCACGCCCACGGGCAGGGGCAGGGGCACCAUGGGCAUGGGCAGGCAAGGCAAUCAUCCCCUCGUGCUGCUUCCCCACAAGCCAGCGGUCUACCAGGCCACUCAUUCCAGCAGUCAAUGCAGUCAAUGCAGUCAAGCCAGUCAAUGCAGCAGGCAAGGCGGUCAGUGUCAGGGGUCGUGCGCUUCUCCAACCCGCUGGCUGCAGCCCACCACACCGCCUCCUCCGGGCAGCUUAAUGCGCCCCAGCGCGGCCCCAACCAAUGGCUGCGCAGAGCCCGCUCCAACGUGGGGCUGUCCGGGCAGGUUGAAAUGUCGGGCAGAGUGGCGCAAUCAGCGCAGAUGGUGAGAGUGCCCAGUAACGGGGAAUACUCUGCUGCCCAGGUCACCCCAUCCGGGCAGCUGAGAAGAAAAUUUCCUUUCGCAACUUCGGGGCAGCUUCGGAACCCGUCAGGCCCGUUUGCCCAGUGGGGCCGAGGGGGGUCGGGGAGGAGAGAGGAGCUGGCAGAGGCGGCAGAGAUGGCGGCAGAGCAGGCAGAGAUGGCAGACUUCUACACCCGCAUGCGCAAUAAGGCCACUUCUGGGCCCAUCUACUUUGGAUGA